AUGCCGCCGCAAACCAUUGGCAUCGCCUCAGACAUUGUGGCCAACAACGUGGAGGUCAGGAACAUUGCGGUGGCUGUCACCGACAACAGCCAUUCAGUUCUCCCUGGUGGCAAGCUCGUCCGAGCCCAGCCUCCCAAAGAAGUCCCAGCCGGACCCCCCGACAGUGCUGCUGUGACUAUUCUCAACGCGGCAAAACUCGAAGGUACCACCCUUAGGAACAUUGGCUACACUGUCACCGACAAUAGCCUGACCCAAAUUCGCGAGGUUGCCGAGCGACCCACUGAAGAAGCCGUAGGAGUACCAUCAAAGUUGCUUGUAUCCAAUGCGCUGCAAGCUCUAGUAUGCAAACUUUCUGAGCAAGAAGUCCAGGCCAUUCUCAUGAAGCAUUCCGUGCACGCCAAGGCCGGUGGACCUCCACCUUCUGUUCCUAGUCCACCUCCCGCCUACGAACAACAUAACGUUGACCAUGAAGAGGGGGGCAAUCAACUAUGCGACACUGUGGGCACUGAAUUACCGCAACAGGGGAAUUCUGAUGCCCAACAGUUGAUUGGUAUUUUCAAGGCGCUAUGUGAGAAGUAUCCAAAUCUGCAGCUAGGAUCCUCUGGGGCGGCUGCAUUACCCAGUGAUAGUAAACCAGAUGCGCAACAUCUUAAGAAGCUGGAGCAAGUCCUCUCUUCUGCGGACGGUAGUGGUGGAGGCAGGGCAUAG